GGCGAUCGCGGGGGCAGAACGAAGGCUCCCCAGAAGCGCUGCAGCCUGGGAAAUGUAGUCUUUUUGGUUUCCCGUCCCCACCUCCGAGAGGCUGAACCCAUCCUCCCAUCUAGGGACACUGACCCGCCUCCCAGCUGCCUCCGCGCCCGCAGCUUGGGGGCCCGGGAAGUAUGUAGGCGGAGGGAGGCGGCGGGCUUGGCAGCAGGCGGGGACCCGGCUCCGGCGCAAGCAAGCGGUGCCAAGAUCGCGCGCUCGGCUCCCUUCGGCUCCUGGUCCGCAGCAGAGGCGCGCCAGCCGGCGGCAUGAUCAUCGCGGCCGCGGCGGACCGCAACAAGGAGCCCAUCCUGCGGGUCCUGAGGCAGUACGUGAGCUGCACGCAGCCCCAGGUGCAGGUGCUGGAGGUGGCCUCCGGCUCCGGCCAGCACGCGGUCCAUUUCGCCCAAGCGCUGCCCAACGUGGUCUGGCAGCCUUCCGACGUGGAUCCGACAUGCUUGGCCAGCAUCUCUGCCUUUACCAGGGCGCUCCGCCUGCCGAAUGUCAGUCCGCCGAUUUUCCUGGAUUCGUCCCAGAGAUGGGAAACCUGGGGCGACUUCCAGCCAGCCUCGCUGGAUCUCAUAGUCAACAUUAAUAUGAUGCAUAUCUCGGAAAUCAGCUGCACAGAGGGCUUGUUUAAAGGCGCAGGGAAGCUGCUAAAACGUAACGCGGUGAUGCUCACAUACGGGCCUUAUGCCAUCAAUGGGAUUAUCACACCUCAGAGCAAUGUGGACUUUGAUUACAGUUUGAGGCAGAGGAAUCCAGCCUUGGGACUCCGGGACACCCUUUUUCUGCAGCAGCUUGCCGAGGCCAACAGGAUGCACUUGGAGAGGAUGGUGGAUAUGCCGGCAAACAAUAAAUGUCUUAUCUUCCGUAAACUCUGAAAUGGCCCGAAGGAAGGUGUCUGAGGCAUUUCCCGCCCCCCUGCCCCCCCUUCCAUCCUGCUCCACGUGGCUUCUUGUGGCUAGACAAACUCCUCCUGGUGAGAUGAAAUGAGCUCCUACCAGAACUUUGUAAAACUUUUCUGAAGAACUCUAUCUCCUGAGGGUAUCGCCGAAGGGCUUGCCUUUCCAUGCAUAGGUUUCAUUAUUCGGUGUGCUGCUGCUGGUUUUCUUGCAAAGGGUUAACUUUAAUUCACCUGCCCGUCCUGAAACCUUGUGGUCUGUUUCAGCUCCUCAGAAGCAAGGCUGCCUUAGACGGCCUUUUGAUAGAGGCGUCAGUGUUUGCUGGCCCUGUCCUGGGACUUCGUUUGCAGAGGACAGGAAAGGGUUUGGGGGGAAACGCACUGGGGAACCAGGGUGGGAGGAGGUUGCCCUGAAUUGUCUUCCCUCAAUAACUGAGAAGUUUGAUCCACUCUUACCAGAACAAGGUGGGAAGGAAUUACAUCAAUUCUAUUGAAUUGAUAGAAUUGAAAUAUCCCUUCAUUUCAUGUAACAAUAAAUAAAAAUUCCUGUCUCCUCUUUGGAGACCCCGGGGUGUCUCUCCUCUUUGGAGACCCCAGGGGGUCUCUCCUCUUUGGAGACCCUGCCCUCUCCCUUUUGGAUUCUGCUGGGUGUUCCUCACCCAGUCCAAAGGGCAAGCUUUAAGACUGCAUUGUGGCCACAACCGGCAUCUUAAGGGCUCGAUCCCCACCCCCACCCACUUUCAAAGAAUUUAGUGCCUUCGGUAGAUUCACUGACGAUCUCCUUUAUCAAGCAGAAAAACAAAAGGAGACCUGGAGGUUUUAAGAUCUCCUAUAAUGGUUGGUAUUAACACUCAGACAUUGUGAUACUACAGGGCCCAUCUACACAUUUGGAUAACUCACAUGGUACAGAGUUCCUUGGGACAGCACCAUUUUCGUCGGCAGGUGGAGGAUUUCCUGUCCGAAUUUUCCCCGACACCAAAAUCUCCCUGCCUGUGGGAAACCUACAUCUUGGGGGCAGAAUAUUAUUUUCCCUGUUAGUUUUCUAGGGUGCAUUCAGCCACAUUAUUAAACACGCCCCCCCCCCAAAUUCUGUAUUGAUACAGUCCCAGGAACUCUGUUCCGUUUGAUUUACCUGCAUGGAUAGAUCAGUUUGCAACCUUGACUUUCUAGCUGUUGAACUCCCAUUCCCACUUAUUGCAGCUGGGGCUGAUGGGAGUUGUAGUUCAACAGCUGCUGGAGGGUCAAGGCUACCUACCCCGGUUGUAGUGAUUUUGUUCAGUGAGACAUUCUUUGACUAUGUCAGCAUUCGAAAACGCACAUCCAUACACACCUGGUACUUCUCUCCCAAGUGUGUUUGGUGGUAGAAAAACCGCUUCCAAAAGUAAGGAAAUGCUGUGUCUUCCCAAUUUGGUCCAACUGAUACAAGCUUUCUGUAACACCCACUCGAAUCAUUUUUGCUCUUAAAAAAAUAAUAAUAAUCUCGGUAUGAGGCAAUGGUACCCUCUAGUGGCAAUAAGUAGAAUAGGACUGAUGUGUCGUUCAGGUUUUGGGGAUGUGGGAUUGGUAAGCGAGAAACCGGCAGACGGACCAAGGUUGAUGUCUCCCUGUAUGUGCUAUGCUGUAUUUGGCUGGAAAUAAAUGUCAGCUCUGGGCA